CACCCUUUCCUACCUCCCGAAUUUCUAGGACUUCACCGCUAGGAGGAACAGCAACAAGGCCCCUCUCAUCAUGGUUAACGUGGGCAGGCGGUCCAAGAGCUGUUUCAUGUGUCGCGAGCGCCGUAUCAAGUGUGAUUUACAAAAGCCAUCCUGUCAGCGUUGUACGCAGACGGGGCGACCAUGUCCAGGCUAUCCCGAACCUUGGGAUGUUGUGCUUCGUAUGCAGAACAAAUAUGCCGAGAAUAAAGUACAGGCGCGCAUUCAGAAAGCAAAGACAGAGAGAAUGGAGCAGGCAAGAAGAGAAGCCGCUACCAUUCCACGAGGAAUCCACAUGACUGCCGAGGUCCACAGCUGGAACCGCUUCUACCAAGAUUAUGCAAACCACUCGGGCAUCACGCUCUUCAACGUUCUCCCUAGGUUUUACACGAGCAGCUCGUCAACGUGUUUCCAGGAAGCGCUGCAUGCCGUAACCUUGGUCAGCUCGGCUCGCCAGCUUCAGCAAUCUGGCUUGAUGGUGCAGGCAAGGCGGCACUAUGGUGAAGCGAUUAAGGCUCUCAAUGCCACACUGGACGAUACUAUCCUGACUGCUGACGAUUCGGUUCUCGUAGCUCUGUUAUUGCUUUCACUGUUCGAGAUGAUCGUGCCAGAGUAUUUCCGGAAGGACGCGGACUUCCAAUGCCAUAUCCAUUUCCGCGGGGCGCUGCUCCUACUUCGAUGGCGGGCUGAGCGGGCACUGGGCUCCGAACUAGAUGAAAGCUGUUUCAUGUUCCUCAGUCAUAUCUGUUUGAUGAGCAUGUUUCUCAAUAAUGAACCCUUCGAUGUGAAGUGGCUAGCCCUAGAAAGGUUCGCGGCUCCAUGGAUAAAAGGCCCUCUUCUAGAACCCAUUCUUGGUCGGGCAGUCGAUUUUAAGAGGCGUGCACGCGCUCAAGUCACGACAGAUCACCACCCAUCUCGAAUAGAGGUGAUCCAGCUUAUCAAGGAUGGGAUUGCCAUUAGCGAAGAUCUCGAUGCCACGGCCACCAGCGUCAAGUCCUCCUCAAAUCCAGAUCUGGCUUCACAUCAACAGCCAACGGCCUUUAAUAACAUGUUCGAGGUCUCCACCAAAACGACCGAGGCUAUUGCAAGGAGUCUAUAUCAAACCGUGAGGUUCCACGUCGUUGAACUGGUCUCUAGCCUCGUGGCCUUUGUUGAGGAAGGUGGCGGAACCUGCCACGAACUUAAUUAUCAGUUCAACCCGUCCAUGAAGGAUAUGAUCCUCGAGCAGGUUUGUGGGGAGAUUUGCGCCGUUCUAGGCCUCGAAUGUGACUAUAAUAUAGAGGCGGACCAGACAGGAAUUGGUUACCAAGCAUAUAGCCUAUUCUGGCCUCUACUCGUCUUACUAUUCUCUGCGUCGGUGGGCAACGAAAAGAGGGCAUGGGCCCAAGAAAAACUGCGAUUCAUUGGCGAGAUAAGUGGGCUUGGUCUAGCAACAUGGGCUGCUGGAAGUAUUAACACGUCCAGCUUGACUGAGAGCUACACAAAAACGAUGUAGAUGAUGAGAUAUAAAGAUAAAUAGUAUUUAAUUCCUCAAAUCACACGGAAAGCUA